AUGAGAUUUGGUUGCCUCGUGCAAGCUUGUGCACUAUUUAUUGCAAGUGCCCAAACUGCAAAUGCUGCAGUAGUGGAUACAGAUACCACCACCACAGCAGCAGCAGCAGCAGCAGCAGUUACAACAGAUACGGCUGCAACAACUACAGCAGCAGCUGCAGCUGCAGCUGCCGCCGCUGCUACAACUACAAAUACGGUAAACACCUUGCCAACUACUACAACUGCAGCAACAGCAGUUACAACAGCAGACACUACAGACACAGCAAAUACAUUGACAAAUGCUGCUACAACACCAACAACUACAACUACUACGCCGGCAGCAGCAGCAGCAGCAGCAGCAGCGGCAGCUGCAACAACAACAUCGGCUACAACAGAUACAGAUGCAGCAGCAGUAGCAGCAACAACGACAGCAGCAGCAGCAGCAGCAACUACAACCCCACUUACAGUUGACACUGACGAAACUACAGAUGACACCGCUACAGAUACGGAUACAACGUCAAGUGAAUCGAAAACUCUAGUUUGGGUUACGAUUACGGAACAGGGGGGUGCUACUACGGCCAUCCAAACUGCAUACACGCAGAAGUUUGUGAGUAUGUACUCCACACUCAACACCCCAUCAUCUGGCGUCAUUGGUCUUGGCACCAUCAAGGGUACUGUGGGUGCACUCAAGCAAUAUAAGACGGUUACCAUAUCCGUUUCGGAAGCCGACAAUGAUUAG